CAUCUCCUUCCUUCGCUUUGUGUCUAACUUCCCUUUCUCCUUUCCUGCAGCUCUCCCUUCCAAUUUUAGCAAACCUCUCUCCCUCCCUCCCUCCCUCCCUCUGCUAACCAAAAAAAUCCUCACCCUUUCUCUCCACCUCCAUACCCAUAUCACAAAGGUUUUCUUGAUCCUGCUCUGCUGCGUAUGUCAUAAAUCUUAACGUUCAAGGAAGGAAGAUUCAAAUGGCUUGUUACUUGACGUCUGGCUUGGGGUAUUAGUAUGUUGAUGAUGGUGGACAAGCGUGAUCUAGAGAGGUUAAUGACAAGAUAAGUGACGUACUUGGUUGCUAAAAGAUAGAAAAUGGGCACAAAAGGAGAUGGUGAAUCACAAGAAGAACGUCCGCAUUCGCCUUAUUCGGUGUUGCAGCAUUUAUCAGAGGAGGCAUUUAGGGUGGCUGGUGAGGCACUGCAUAGCGUCUACCCAGGAACUGAUCCUGGUUUUAAGUCAAUGCAGCGUAGCCAGAGUGAAAUUUUCACAAAUGGGGCGGGGAGUUUACGUAGCAGUAGCUUUCGUAAAUUGAAAACUCGGAUGCAAAAUGCUUGGCGCUGGGGUGGUGAUUCGAGGGAACGAGGUUACAUGCCGAGUUUUAAUCCUGAGGUCUUGGCAAAUCAGAAACGCCAAUGGUAUCAGUUUAAUUCUAAAUCUCUGAAUCAUUCAAAAUAUAAGGAGCCCACAUCACUGUUUGAACACUUCAUUGUUGCGGGGCUUCACCCGGAUGCCAAUCUCGAGAAAGUGGAGGAUGCAUUUGCAAGAGAGAAGAAGUGGGAGUCGGAUAUGGAGAAGUCUGGCUUGCUGGAUUUCAACUCGAUGCAGCGACGGGCACCUUCAUUUCCAACUUUGGAACCUCAGAUACUAUUUAAAUAUCCUCCUGGGAAGAGAUUAGCUAUGCGCUCAAAGGAUUUAGCUGCCUUCUGUUUUCCUGGAGGUGUCAAGACACGGUUGUUGGAGAGGACUCCAUCAUUGAGUGAACUAAACGAACUUGUUUAUGGACAGGAACAUUUGGGCAGAGAUGAUUUCUCGUUCAUAUUUUCACUUAAGGUAAGCUUUUCCUUUUUUGUUCUUCAUCUUGCUUACAUAUCACACAUACCUUUUAUGGCCAUUGCAAAGCAUAAGUUGGCAUGCUCUCUUGGCCUCAAAGGAGGUUUUAAGUUGUUCAGUUACUUCAGUGCAAUUCACUACAUUUACUUACAUGGAUGCAGUAUCAUUGCACAGGAGCGUUUGAAUCGGAUAACUCAGUUUGUUAGUGAAAUGUCACUCACUGCUUGCAUGCCUUCAGUAUCUAAACAGCACGGGCAAAUGAAUGAAAAUGUUGACUGUCUUGAUAGAGAGUACAAUGCUGAUUGGAUGGCUUCUGCAAUACCUGUUGACAGUGCAGUAGCCCUUACUGCUGCUGCUGCGGGAAUUAUAUCUGAUGAUGUGAUUGCAACCUUAUCACCGAAGAUUUGGGAACCUCAAUCUCCUGAAAGUGUUACUGCUAGUGAGGCUUCAGAUUCCAGCCAAACAAGGGAAGUAGAUAAGGAUGGCAGGAAGUGUUUUCAAUAUUUUGAUGAUUAUGCUUCCCUGUCUCCGGAGAACCAUUGUGAUGCUUUGGAAAGAAUUUAUGGAGGUGAUGAAAAUGGUCAUGUUUCUCCUGUACUUGGGAUUUUUUCCUGCUCUAGGAGCCGCAGAUUAGAUCGUCUUGGAAGUUUUGAUACCUUAUUUAGUUCAGUUAGAAGCAUGGUAUCAGAGGACGAUGAUGAUGAACUUUUCCCAGAUCAUGAAAAUGAUUUUGGUGAUGACUUGAUAUUGGAAUGGGCUAAGGAAAACAAAAAUGAUUUGCUACAGAUAAUUUGUGGUUAUCAUGCAAUGCCUCUUCCCCAACGAGGAAACGGGAUAGUUUUUCAGCCUCUUGAUCAUUUACAAGCUAUCGAAUAUAAGCGGCCUCCAACCUCUGACCUUGGAUUUUGCAAUAAUUAUCUAGCUUCAUUCGAAGCAGCCGAGGUCAAUGCGAAGUUAGCUGCUGCUGAGGAAGCUCUGGCGCUGUCAAUAUGGACAACUGCAACUGUAUGUCGGGUUCUGUCACUGGAAAAUGUUUUGGCACUGGUUGCAGGCGUAUUACUGGAAAAACAAGUGGUGGUAGUGUGCCCAAACCUGGGUGUUUUAUCUGCAGUUGUUUUAUCCCUUGUCCCCAUGAUUCGUCCAUUUCAAUGGCAGAGUCUAUUGCUCCCAAUCUUGCCACGGCAGAUGCUUGAUUUUCUUGAUGCUCCUGUUCCCUUUAUAGUUGGUAUACAGCACAGACCUGCUGACUUGAAGAUAAAAACCUCUAACCUUGUUCAUGUUAAUGUGCUCAAAAACCAGGUGAAAAUGUGUCACUUGCCGACACUUCCACGGUAUAAAGAGCUUGUCUCUGAACUUCGGCCAUUGCACAACAGGCUAUCAUUAGAAAGCUCGGUUGCUAAAAGGCAUCCUGUGUAUAGGUGUAAUGAAGUGCAGGCUGAAGCAGCAACACAAUUUUUGACUGUCAUGAGACGCUACUUGGAGUCUCUUUGUUCAGAUUUGAGAUCUUAUACAAUAACAAGUGUGCAAUCAAACAAUGACAGGGUUUCUUUACUUCUCAAAGACAGCUUCAUUGACUCCUUUAAUAGUAGGGACCGAUCUUUUAUUAAGUAUUUUGUAGACACACAACUAUUUGCCGUUUUGUCAGACUCUCGUUUGUUGAGCUUCGAGCACGGGAGCUUCUAACUUAACAAUUUGCAAGCACUGGAACAAUUUUUCAAGGUGGUAAUGAGCAUAAUCCAAGUAAUGCAGGAUGAUGGUCUCUGUUUCCAUUGUUAUUGACUUAGCAAAAAAAUUAUGUCAAACGCAACAGCUUUCGGAGCCAUCAACUGUGAACUGAUAUAUGCAGCUGAAAGUUGCGAAAAAGAAACUGAAUUUUGCAAUGUAGAUAGAGAUAUAGCGACAUUUCCUCACAUGCCUCGCAUCAAUGAUAUGUUUGUUGUAUCAGUUGAGGACACAGGCAAUAUGAUCAUAGUCUGUCUUUCUUACAUGGGGAGUAUGAUCUAGGGCUUUUUGAAACCCCAUCUCCCUUCAUCACCCAUCAGACCACCUUCUUGUAAAUGUCAACAGGGCAAUAAAACACUUUUUCAUGGCACUUCCA